AUGACCUUUGGUGGACCGACUGACCGUCGUGGCGUCACACCAGAAGACAAGAAGCCCAAAAAGGACGAUUCCCCAACGAUUUCUGUUGCUUCUCCAGGGCCGGUCGUCAACCCCCUCGAUGACAGCGCACGCGAAGCUUUCGCGACCGGUCGACCCCUCGAAGACACACCCGAUUUGCAACAAUGCAAGCACUGCAAGAAGAGUAUCCUCAAGACAGCUGCCAAGGCCCACAUCGCACAAUGCCUUAAAUUGAAGAAGGAGAAGGCUCAGCGCAAGAAAGAGGCGAGAGAAGCCCGUGAGCGAGCCAAAGAAGCUGCGCGCGAAGAAGAAGCCAGGAAAGCAGACGAGGAUGCGGAUGGGAAGGGAGAGGACGAUAGCGAUGGUGAAGAGGACGGAGCGGAAAAGAAGGCUACCGGUAGCAAGACAACAAAGAAGGCCGCGGGUAAGAAAACCGAUGGAGAUACCAGCAAAGGAAAGAAGCGCAAGGCGGAUGGUGAUGCCGAAAAAGGACCCAAGCAAAAGAAAAAGAAGGAGGAGCCUAAGCCAAAGGCUCCUAAACCGAAGGGUCCUGUGGAUGUCGAACGGCAGUGUGGUGUCCUGUUACCCAAUGGGCAGCCAUGUGCAAGGUCACUCACUUGCAAGAGUCAUAGCAUGGGAGCAAAACGUGCCGUCGCAGGAAGAUCUCUGCCUUAUGACAUGCUUCUUGCGGCAUACCAGAAGAAGAACCAGGCCAAACAGCAAAAGGCCGCACUCGACGCCAACGCCCCGUUGGAAGACGAAGACGAGGCCAACGCCGGGCCAGUGGACUCGGACGAGGAGACGGCUGCUGUUAUGAGUGCUCUGGCGCAUUGGAACCCACAACCCGUAGUACCGCAGCCACUCCUUAACCCAAUCAAGAGACAGUAUCAGCUGGCGCGCCUUCAUGAGCAGCUGCAGAUGGCGACAAACGGCGGCCGAACAAAUAUUUUCAAAGUCAACGGUUUUGGCGUGCAGAAGCUGCCGUAUGGUCACCCAGGCCUCAUGGACACGGAAGACGCACCUGGCGAGCUCGACACGGCGGAUCUGAACUUUGGAGGUGCUCGCCGAUCUUCGAGCUUCAGCAUGCAAAGCCAACCACCGCAGCGACGGCCAUCGGUGACGAGCAGAGCAUAA